CAGCCCCCGCCCGCCGGCGCCCUCCGUCCCCUCCCCCGGGCGGGAGGAGGAGACUCCGCGGCCCUCCCUCGGCCUCCAGGCGUCGGCUGCGGCCAGCAGCGUGCCCGCUCCACCCAGCCGCAGCGGCCGGACGUCCAGAGCCCGGCGGCCCCGGCCCGAGAUCCAACGAGGGGUCCCCCACCUGGUGACCAGGAGCGCUGUGGGGCGUGGCAGCCAUCAUGCCACGGAGUAUCGCUCCUGUACCGCCUUGCUACCGCUGUCCCUAAGUCGGGCUGCGAGUUCGAGCCCAGCGCCCUCCUGCCCGCACCAUGAGCCACGGGCCGAGUCCUCGUCUGAUCGAGUCUCCACAGCUGUCCAAGGGCAGCCUCCUGACUAUCCUAGGCAGCCCGUCGCCCGAGCGCAUGGGGCCUGCUGACUCUCUGCCACCCACGCCGUCCAGCGGUACACCCUCCCCGGGACCACCGCCCGCACUGCCCUUGCCGCCGCCUCCCGCGCUGCUGGCGGAUGGGGACUGGGAGAGCCGCGAGGAGCUGCGGCUGCGGGAGCUGGAGGAGGCGCGCGCGCGGGCUGCGCAGAUGGAGAAGACGAUGCGCUGGUGGUCGGACUGCACGGCCAAUUGGCGCGAGAAGUGGAGCAAAGUGCGCGCCGAGCGCAAUCGCGCACGCGAAGAGGUUCGCCAGCUGCGCCAGCGCCUGGACGCGCUCACCAAAGAGCUGGCAGGAGCGCGGCGCGAACGCCAGGAGGCGCAGGGCGAGUGCGAGGCUCGGGGCCGCGAGCUGGCGCGGCUGCGGGGCGCCCGGGUUGCUGUGGAUAAGAUUCACGACGGCUCGGAGCCCGAUGCUGAGCGGGAGCGUGAGCCUGUGCGCGACAUCGGGUCGGAGAGGCCGCAGGACAGCCAGGAGCUGGAGCUGGUGGAGACCCUGCUGAAGAGCAGACCAGAGGAGCCCGAGGGCUGCUGGGAGACGCGCAGCAUUGGGGCUGGAGCCCCAAGGGGCAGCUCAGGCCGCCAGGAGCGCAGCCGGCUCCCCUGGGAGGACACAGGCGCCACUGAGGAUGACGCCUCCAAGUUGACUGCCCUGCGGCUGCGGCUGGAUGAGUCCCAGAAGGUGUUGCUCAAGGAACGAGAGGACAAACUGGCACUGAGCAGAAACAUCGAGAAGUUGGAGGGAGAGCUCAGCCAGUGGAAGAUCAAGUAUGAGGAGCUGAGCAAGACCAAGCAGGAGAUGCUCAAGCAGCUUAGCAUCCUGAAGGAGGCACACCAGGACGAGCUGGGCCGCAUGUCCGAAGACCUAGAGGAUGAGCUGGGCGCGCGGUCCAGCAUGGACAGGAAGAUGGCUGAGCUGAGGGGCGAGAUGGAGCGGCUGCAGGCUGAGAAUGCGGCUGAGUGGGGCCGCCGAGAGCGGCUAGAGACUGAGAAGCUGGGCCUGGAGCGGGAGAACAAGAAGCUGCGGGCGCAGGUCGGAGACCUGGAGGAGGCCCUGGCCCGGCGCCGGCGGCAGACAACCAGUGCCCUGGACUGCGACCUGCGGGCCAGCCAGGCCGCACUCUUCGAGAAGAACAAGGAGCUGGCAGACCUGAAGCACGUACAUGGCAAGCUGAAGAAACAGUUCCAGGAGAAAGUGGCUGAGCUGGCCCAUGCUAACCGCCGGGUGGAGCAGCAUGAAGCUGAGGUGAAGAAGCUGCGGCUGCGGGUGGAGGAGCUCAAGAAAGAGCUGGCCCAGGCUGAGGAUGAGCUGGAUGAGGCCCACAACCAGGCACGGAAGCUGCAGCGGUCUCUGGACGAGCAGACAGAGCAGAGCGAGAACCUGCAGGUGCAGCUGGAACACCUGCAGUCCAGACUCCGCAGGCAGCAGCAGAAUGCCCCCCUCUUCGGGAAGAUCCGCAGUGCCCGCUUUGGCACUGAGGAGGCAGGGGAUGGAGCCAGCGACCUGGACGAGGAUGAGGACCUGCAAAUCCAGGUGGCCUAGGGCCUCCCAGGGCUGCAUGGGACUGGCCCAGAGCCACAAGCCCAGCCCCUAGACCCCCAGACUGAUGCAGCUGGCUGUGCUUGCGCUGGGUCCCAACCCUGAUCGCUGAACCCACCUCUUCUCUCCCAAGAGAAUAUGGGUGCCCCUCCUCACCCAACCCCACCCCAGCGCUCCUGUGGAAGGGAACCCUGUUUUCUACAUAUGUGUGCCCAGGACUCCUUGGGCCCUUUUGGUUUUAUAAACAAAGGACUGCUCAAGGCCAGUCCAGGGGACCCCACCCACCCAGGCUUUGUGCAGAGUGGGCCAGGUCAGGGAAGUGUACAGGGACCCCAGCUCGGCGCCCCUUGUCACACCUUAGUGAUCUGGGGGACCUGUUCAUGAUACAACUUGAUGAACCCAAGCUUUUGUAAUAAAUGGAGUUCAAGUUC